AUGUUUUAUUCCAUUUUGAACAGCCGGUUUGAUUCCAAUCUUUUGGUCGACUCCGCCCUAAACACUCCCUUUCACCCUGAAAAUGACAUUUUUUACAAACCUCUUUUAAGUGACAUUCAUGACAAGAAGCUGCUCGACUCCGUUCUCCGCAUUCGCGACUGCAGGGUUUCUCUCAACAACUUAUCGCACGUUCCCUACCUCCUUCCCUGGUCCUUGCAACAUUCUCUCGGCCUCGGCCACUUCAACGAAGCCCGGGGCCAGCCCGAUCGGGACUCCGGGGACUUAAAGCAGAAUUUAACUAAGUACAUUAAUGCUGUUAAAAGUGCUUCUCUGAUUUCUUCUGGUUUGUUAAAGCUGCGCUUCAUUGGCUUCUCCAACCGCAAGGAUCUGAUUUACCGGCGCCUUCGCCUCAUUUACAGGCAUGGGCAGCUCCUCUGCGUCCUCUGUCGGAUAAAUGGCAGGGUCGUCAGGCACGAGGGGCGUCUUCUCCUCUUCGACAUCGAUUUAAACCUGGUUUUGAUGGGCGAAUCCAUAAUUUACAUAAGUUUGUGA